AUGGCCGUGUAUGUGCUGCUCUCUGGAAACUCCUGCAGGAAGUCCCGCCCCUCCUCUAAACUCGCUGCCAGGAGCGGAUCCAGCGGUACUGAGCCUGCAGACACAGAACGUGUGUUUAGACACAAAACGAUGUUCUCGAGCACGGCCAGGUGUUCGUCUGACGUCCCCGGUGGCGUGUCCACUAGCAGAACGUCGAGUUCGCCCCAUGCCACAUCACUGACAAACUGCCCAAUCAGAGCUGGAAAAGUGACGGGGGAUGUGAGACGUGAACACAUCAGAUGUAGGUCAACACCGACACGAGCCUGCUGUAUCAUUCACACCAGCUCCGGAUGGAAACGCGUGUUUAAAGCAGAGGAAAUAAACUCUACGAAACCUUAUCAAGGAAUGUCUUGGAAUAAGUAUGCUGUUAGUGAAAAUGACCCGGAGAUGGAAGCCACGCCCCUCACCAUGCCCCUGGAGACUGAGACCACGCCCCUGGAGACUGAAGCCACGCCCCUCACCACACCCCUGGAGACUGAAGCCACGCCCCUCAGCCCAGAAGACAAACAGGCUGUGGCAGCGCAGUCGGAGGCUGACUCUACAGGGUACGAGGCCGUGACGGUGUGUGUGCCAGCGGAGAUGCCCCCGGUGCUGCCCGUGACGGGCGAGUCGUUCUGCCAGUGUCCAGCUCAAACUGAACUCAGCUCAGACGCCCAGAUCAGCCCGUACACCCUCAGCUGCACCUGUGGAGAGGAAGAGCAGGGAUGUGAUUGGGUUUGGGACGAUGAGGGCAAAUCUUCCUCCGUGUCUCUGAGCUGCUCUAACCGGAAGGUGAGCUUCCACUCGGAGUACAGCUGCGGAACGGCCGCCAUCAGGGGCGCAAAGGCUCUCAGUGACGGACAGCACUUCUGGGAAAUCAAGAUGACAUCACCGGUCUACGGCACGGAUAUGAUGGUUGGUAUCGGGACGUCAGAAGUGAACCUGGAUCAGUUCAAACAUAGUUUCUGCAGUCUGUUGGGCACUGAUGAGGACAGCUGGGGUCUGUCCUACACAGGUCAACUCCAUCACAAGGGGUCAAAGGUGAACUUUUCUUCACGGUUCGGUCAAGGGUCCAUAAUCGGAGUCCAUCUGGACAGCUGGCACGGCACCCUGAGCUUCUACAAGAACCGUCGCUGCAUCGGCAUAGCAGCUACUCACUUGCAAAACAAGCGUCUGUUUCCGAUGGUUUGUUCGACUGCAGCCAAGAGCAGCAUGAAACUGAUCCGUUCACAUUCAGCGCCCACAACAUUACAAUACCUGUGCUGUACACAGCUGCGCAAAAUGCUGCCCAACUGCGCAGACGCUCUGCGUGUGCUGCCGCUCCCGCCGGGUCUGCGUCUGCUGCUGUCUAACCAGCUGGGAUGGGUGCUGACCCUCGGCUGCGCAGACGCCUGCGCAGACAACAGCGAGGACAAAGCCACACAAACGGAGGACAGCAUCUACACAAGCCCCUUUCCUUCCCACAGUCCCUCUGACACUGAGCGUGUCUUUAUUUCUAGCUCCUUCUCUGAUAACCCUGGUUCUUACUGUAGUAAAGACGACCCUCUUGAUUCAGCCUCCAUAUUUCCUGAUUGUGCUUCCUGUCCAGAUGAUGCACAUUAUCAAAACUCCGUCUCCAUAAUGGAUGUCGCCUGUUACCUUGAUCCCUCCUCCCCUUCUGACCUCUACUGUGGCUCCGCCCCUAUCUCCGCCCCCACCUCCCUUCCUAACCCUGAAUGUCAGCACAUAUCUGCUUCCUGUCCCGGUUGUGACCCCUCGCUCUCUGUUUCCAGUGAUGGCCGUGAGGUAAAUGACCUCUGUUCUGUGUAUAAACCGGAACACACCGGUUCCUGCGUUCUCUGCCCCUCCUACACUCCAACAGGCCACACCUCCUUUUGGCCUGACUCCGCCUCCGAGAGUGAUUCGGAUGACUUCUCCUCGGAUCGCAAGACAUGCAAGAGGAAACGCUGCCGCUGGACAUGAGACACAGAACGUUUACUUGUAAAUAUAGGGAGAGUUCAUCGUUUACUCACCCUCAUGUUGUUCCAAACCUGUAUGAUUCAUGAUUAGUAGGCCUGCAUGAUUAAUAAUCAUGAAAUAUGGCUUAGUGCAAUGAUAAAAUCGCAAAGCCUGUGACUUAAUUAAGUAAAUAUAUGCCGUGCUUUCAGAGUGAUUCAUGGCACGAGUUCAUUUACACGAGUGCAGCUCGGGAUCAGUUCAUGUUAAGUGCGUUAAGAAAUGCAACACGCACCAACCAUCUUCCAAAAACUGUAAAAAAGCAAUGCUUAUAAACCAGCUGUAUUUAUCAAAUACAGCUUUAAAGUCUCCUUGCGGUUUUUCACCAGAAUAAAAGCUUAAUGUUUGAAAAUGAAGAAAUUAAGACAGCUAUACAUGGUAGUAUUGUAAUUUUACAGUUGCACAGUAAAAUAAAACUAUUAUUAUUAAUUUAUUUUUCUCAAAUGUUUUUAUUUUACAGUAAA